AUGGAGGAGAGACUGAGCUGCGUGGCGUGGGCGCUCCUUGAGGGGUACCCGUGGUGGCCCGUGUACGUCUGCGACCCGAAGAAGCUGCGACUCAAGCUCUUCAACCUCGGGUCGUCGCAUCAGGCCAUUGCCCGGCAGGCGCGCUGCUUCCCCAACGACUUUCGCAUCGUCUACUUCUUUGGCUCCUAUGAAUUCGGCAAGAUGAAGACGAAGCUCGUCCGGCGCUGGGACGGCCCCGACAAGGAGAACUUUUUGCAGGGUCAUCCCAAAGCGCUUGCGUCGAAGAAGGGUAUUGCCGAGCAGCUCAAGGCCGCAAUCGAGGAGGCCGAGGAGUACUUGGCGACGGACGAGAGCACGCGCCUCCUCCCGCACAUGGUGCCCUCGGACAUGGACCCGAGCCUCGAGCCGCCGCCGACGCCCGAGCAUGUGUCGGAAGCCGAAGACGACGACGACGACGAUGCUGAGGAAGGCGGUGAUGCGGUCGACGCGCCCGAGGCCGACGAUGGCGACAUUAGCGAAGACGACAAGAUGCUCAAGCAGCCUAAAAAAUCCAAAAAGACGAAGGCAGAUGCCAAGGCAAAGAAGGAAGCCAAGGCGAAGAAGGAGCCCAAGGCGAAGAAGGAGCCCAAGGCGAAGAAGGAGCCCAAGGAAAAGAAGGAGCCCAAGGAGAAGAAAGAGUCCAAGGAGAAGAAGGAGUCCAAGGGGAAGAAGGAGUCCAAGCCAAAGAAGGAAAACAAGCCCAAGAAGGACACAAAGAAAGACGCCGAGCCUGCGGUCAUCGAGACGGAAACCACAAUCGAGGUCCAGCCCGCGUCGCCGCUGAAGCGCAAGGCGUCCAACGGCUCGGAGACCGAGGUCGCCCCGAAAAAGCCCAAGGUCGACGACAGUGGCCUGGAAGCCAAGAUCGACGCGGGCAUUCGUCACAUUCUCACGUCUAUGAGCCUUGACGAGCUCACGACGCGCAAGGUGCGCACGAUGCUCGAAGAGAAGUUUGGCAUGAGCCUCAAAGAGCACAAAAUUCUGAUUCGCGACGUGAUCAACCAAAUCAUCGCCGAGGUCGAUGACCGCGUUGACGCGCCCGACGCCCCGAUGGACGGGUCACCCGCCGAGCCCGUGCAAAGCGCUGAGCCUGUGCAAAUGACCGAGCCCGUGCAAAGAACCGUGCCUGUGCCAGCAGUCGAGCCCGCCAAGGCAGUUGUUGCUCCGACCCCGGUGGUAGCACCGCCGACACCAGUCACCGCCGAGGCACCCAAAGCUUCUAGCAAGGCUGCUGGGCUCAGUAAGGACGCCGUGAAGAAGCUCAAGGUCAUUCUCGAUGACGCAAACACGUCGCAUGAGAUGCUGUUGGAAACCCUUAUGAAGCUGUCGACGGCCCUCUUGGAAGCAGACGUCUUGCGCGCGACGGGCAUCCCCAAGACCGUCGCUCUUCUCCGCUCCCAUGCAAACGAAAAGGUCGCGAGCCUCGCCAAGUCGAUCCGCGAUGGAUGGAAGAAGGCGUAUGCGAGUGGAGAGAGCUCCAGCGCAUCGACCGACCCGACCGUGGCCAAGCUCACUAAGGUGGCCAAGGCACUGGACCCGUCGUCCAACAACGACGACAUCAUCGCGCACCUCAAGGCCCUUGGCACCAUGACCUUGUCUCGAAACGAGAUCACCAAGUCCAAGAUUGGGUUUGCUCUCCGCAAGCUGCGGCAUUCCGAGAGUGCGACGAUCAAGAAGCUCGCCACGGAUCUCCGAAACAAGUGGAAGAAGGAGCUGAGCGCCGAGUCAUAG